GUCCAUUUCAUCUGCCACAUUAGUAAUAUUCAUAACAUAAUACUGUCUGGUUUAUACCCCCAUAUCCGGUGACGUGGAACGGGGUAAUCGGGGAGAAGUUACCCCACAUUUGGUGAGGAGACGAUCUUAAAGAAUCAGUCCCCACAAUCCACAAAACAAUCUCGCGGGGCAUCCGACAACUCAACAUGACCCAUGCUCAUCAAUAGUUAUGGAGGGGGAAAUUGUUAGCCCUGUCGCUGGACCUGUCGGUAGGGAUCAAGGACAUGAGUUCCCUUCCGAUGGUCAUAGGCCCCCUGCUCGACAGCGAGCACGUACUCGCGGUGUUACCGCGUGUUCUCUCUGUCGAAGCCGAAAGACGAAAUGCGACAAUCAAAGACCAACGUGUGGCUAUUGCUCGAGAACUCAAGUCGAAUGCGCUUAUGAAGAUGAUGUGGAGCUGAACUCUUGUCAUAUUAUCGAGUCAGAGUUGCUUAAGAAAAUAGAGACUCUAACAGGCCUACUUCAAUCUCAAGCUCUCCAAUUAACUGGGCGAGAUGAGAGUACAUUUCCCCCUAUCCUCCCCGAUACUGAAUUCUCGGCCCUACCGGCCCAAAACCACAUCGAGAAUCAUUAUCACCACUACCAUUACUACCAAGAAACCAGCAAGAACAGCAAGCCGAACGAAAGCCUCAUAGAACCACAGAGCACUUGCACAGACCAUGGCUCCCUAUCUGUUGGCGUUGAUUCCGUAUUAUCAUGGAAGAUAUUCCCGCAAACCUACUCUUAUCUGACUUUACCGCGCGAUUCCGACGACAAUUGUGUGCAGUCCAUUCCUUUACCAAAUGUCGAGUAUUUUGAGCUUGCAAGAUUGGAAUCCAAGUACAUUACCUAUGUCCAUACAAAGAAUCCAAUCGUGGAUCCCCGCGACAUUCACCAUCAAAUUUGCCACGUUGUCGAGAACGGGCUGAGCUGGAACACGUCGACAUGCCUUGUUGCUCUAGUCUGUGCUCUUGGUGCGACAUCAGAGAGAUAUGUAGCACAACAGAAAUCGUCCUCCAGCUUAAGUCCAAACGAGAUGCAAAUAGACCACGGACUCAUGAAAGAUCUCGAAAUUGCGGAUAGGUUUUGGAACAUCGCAGUGAAGAGGAUUGGCCUUGCGAUGAGUGAGAAUAGUCUAGAGGCUGUUCAAUGUCUUUGCCUUGCUGGAAUAUGGUACAUGUACAAUUUUCAGCCUUUACAAGCAUGGAAAUAUUUCAGGCUCGCUAGUAAUGCCUGGUAUGUGUCAUUUAUUACAAGAAUGCCUUCUCUAACCAAUAGGCCUUACGAUGUAGGUGGCUCCUUGACGCUUGAGCAGAGUCUCUACUUUACCUGCUACAAGUCAGAAUGCGAACUUGCCUUUGAACUACCACUCCCUACUUCCAUCCUCCACGACAUCGGCUAUCCCCAUGCUUUUCCCUCUCCUCCAAACGUUGAUGAUCAAGCAGUAGACAAGGAUGACAGUGCCAUACAAAGACGUAGCUGGUACUAUUACCUUGCCGAAAUCGCAUCCCGUCACCUCCUCAACCGGAUAAUCCAAACGCACUCAAGUAGUAAACUCCAAACGCCGAAAGAUAUCAGGUGUAUGCUGCAAAAAGUCCAAAUAUUCCAAUCGCAGCUUGAGGACUGGUACAUCUCUCUCCCGCCAAGUCUAUCCUUUCCGCGCCCUCUGGGAGAUAUAACCCCUCUGGAAGAAGAACUUCCCCAACUGCUGCGGGGAAGAUACCUCGCAAUUCUUGAGCUAUGCUUCCGUCCAUUCAUCCAGCUAUGCGUCAGCGAUCCACUAGAGAUCGAGCCUGAUCUGCUCGCCAAAGUAGCAGACGCCGCGUCUCAAGGCUUAAAGUACUGUGUGAUUAGGCUUUGGGGACUCCGCACGCCAAAUAGACAUCAUGGACUGUGGUUUAUUCUGCGGCUCAUCGUAACGACGUCGCUCAUUCUGAUUGCGGCAGAUAAGGCACAGCGUAAUCCGGCUUUGAAUGGCGCGCAGAGAUUACAGAUGCCAGAGGGUUGGAAACAACAGAUUUUGGCUACCCGUGAGCUUUUUUCGAGGUUUUGGAGUGAUCGGAAGGGUGGGAUAUACCAGUGUUCCCAGAUCUUGGAUUGGGCGCUUGCGGAUGGAGAUGAGGAGAUGUCAUAGAAAUGCCUACAUUUUAUGAUCCUAUUUGCGCAAUAAUAGUUUAAUUACAACGUCAAUUAGGUAUAAUGGGUGUAUAGUACAAAUCUCCAGCUCAUAAAUA